AAGAUUCCAAGAUUCGAGACUGGUAGAAGGAGACGCUUCUCCCCCAUUAGUAGCCAACGCGAGGACCGACGCACAAGUUUCAUAAGGGAAUAGGCAGGGGAGAGAGAAAGAAAGAGAUGGGGUGCUCGUUCUCGGGGCUGAACUCCUUCUAUGACGCCGUCAACGGGGCCGGGGACGUUUGGAUCAACGAGAAUCGUUUCCGGAUCGUGAGGCAGCUCGGAGAGGGGGGUUUCGCCUUCGUGUUCCUCGUUAAAGAGGUGGUCGCCGAUGGCGCCGCUGGCCUCGCCCGCAAGAAGUCCAUCAAUCCUUCCCACGUCUCAGAUGAUGGAACUUAUGCCAUGAAGAAAGUCAUCAUUCAAACAGAGGAGCAGCUGGAGAUGGUUAAGCAGGAGAUCCGUGUCUCGUCCCUCUUCAGCCAUCCUAAUCUGCUUCCCCUACUCGAUCAUGCGAUCAUUCCCGUAAAGGGCACACAUGAUAUAUCACGGAAGCAUGAAGCCUACUUAUUGUUCCCGGUUCACUUGGAUGGAACUUUACUUGACAUUGCUACCAUUAUGCAAUCAAAGAAGGAAAGCUUUACAACAACAACUGUUCUUCAGAUUUUCAGACAGCUUUGUGCUGGUCUGAAGCACAUGCACAGCUUUGAUCCUCCAUAUGCUCAUAAUGAUGUGAAACCUGGUAAUGUUCUCAUAACUCACAGGAAGGGACAACCUCCUCUUGCUAUUUUAAUGGAUUUUGGAAGUGCACGCCCUGCAAGGAAAGAAAUUCGUUCGAGAUCAGAGGCUUUACAGUUACAGGAAUGGGCCAGUGAGCACUGUUCUGCACCCUUCCGUGCUCCUGAGCUGUGGGACUGUCCAAGCCAUGCUGAUAUUGAUGAGAGGACAGAUAUCUGGUCGCUCGGUUGUACCCUGUAUGCGAUAAUGUACGGAACAUCACCAUUUGAGUAUGCACUCGGUGAAUCCGGAGGAAGCUUACAGUUAGCCGUCAUGAAUGCACAGAUUAAAUGGCCAUCUGGACACAACCCUCCUUAUCCUGAGAACCUCCACCAGUUUGUGCUCUGGAUGUUACAGCCCCAACCCGCAAUGCGGCCGAACAUCGACGAUAUAAUCAUUCAUGUCGACAAGCUCAUAUUGAAAUUCUCAUCUUAAAUACCAAAAAAAAAAUGUUAAAAGGAUUGUUCUUUGUAACUUACUGUUAGUUGUUUUCUAUGCCAUAAGAUAGACAAUAUAUUCGUUGACAGCCGGUAAGUGAUGUUGUAAUUUCAAGAUACAUCGUUAACUCUGGUGUUUGUGAAAAUUCCUUGUGGUAUGUUCUUUUAAGCAUUUGUCAAGCAUUCACGAGUA